ACUUAAACGGAUAAUUCGAAAAUCAUUCCACAGAGAAAGCCAUCCUUGAAAAUUGGAAUGGAAUGGAGAAGAAUCAGAUUCCAUUGAAUUAACCACUAUUUCCAUUUUCAUUUCCAUUUCCUCUUCCACAACCAAACCAAGCUCCCUCAUCUCUUCUCCAAUGGCGACACAAGCCCUCUCUCGCCUCACUUCUCUCUCCUCCUUCGCUCCGUUCCUCUUUCCCUCUCCUCGCCUCGCUUUUACUCUCCGGCCUCGUCGCCAUGCCAUCUUCCUCCGCCGCAAUCUCCGCCACUCCCGUCCCUUCCUCUGCCUCAAUUCCUCCCGGAGUUUCGCCGUUGCGGCCUCCGCCUCCCCAGACUUAUCUAGUGGAACACUGGAUGAGAGAUAUGAUGUUAUUGUGGUUGGAGGAGGGCACGCUGGCUGUGAGGCUGCUCUUGCCUCUGCUCAUUUAGGGGCAAAGACUCUUCUCCUCACUUUGAAUAUCGAUCGAAUUGCAUGGCAGCCUUGCAAUCCAGCAGUAGGUGGACCCGCUAAAUCGCAGCUUGUGCAUGAAGUGGAUGCCCUUGGUGGUGAAAUUGGGAAGAUUGCUGACAGGUGCUAUUUACAAAAACGUGUUCUCAAUGUCUCAAGAGGCCCUGCUGUUCGGGCAUUGCGUGCACAAACUGAUAAACGAGAAUAUGCUAUGGAAAUGAAGAAAAUUGUGGAGAACACUCCAAACCUUUCGAUCAGAGAGGCCAUGGUGACAGAUGUAAUAUUGGGAAUGAAUGACGAUAUAGAAGGAGUGCGCACAUUUUUCGGGAUGGACUUCUAUGCUCCUUCCGUUGUUCUCACAACAGGCACCUUUAUGAGUGGUAAAAUUUGGGUCGGUAGAACUUCUAUGCCUGCAGGAAGAGCUGGGGAGUCAGCUUCAUAUGGAAUCACUGAAAGCUUACAGCGACUUGGAUUUGAGACUGAUAGGUUGAAGACCGGAACUCCAGCACGUGUUGACAUUCGCACUGUAGAUUUUUCAGGAUUAGAGCCUCAGCAUGGUGAUGAAGAGGUCAGCUGGUUUAGUUUUGACCCUGAUUUCCAUAUUGAAAGGGAACAAAUGUGCUGCUAUCUCACCCGUACGACAAAGGCUACACACCAGUUGAUUAAUGAAAACUUGCAUGAAACUCCAACUUAUGGAGGGUGGGUUGAAGCUAAGGGGCCUAGAUAUUGCCCCUCCAUUGAAGAUAAGAUUGUUCGAUUUAAGGAUAAAGAGUCGCAUCAGAUUUUUCUUGAACCAGAAGGUCGAAAUGUGCCGGAGCUCUAUGUGCAGGGCUUUUCUACUGGUUUACCAGAAAGAUUACAAUUACCACUCUUGAGAACUUUGCCUGGACUUGAAAAUUGUUCAAUGCUGAGACCUGCCUAUGCCGUAGAAUAUGAUUACUUGCCUACUCACCAAUGCUCUAGGUCUCUCAUGACAAAGAAAAUUGAUGGGCUUUUCUUUUCUGGUCAAAUAAACGGAACCACUGGCUAUGAAGAAGCCGCAGCACAAGGCAUUUUGUCUGGUAUUAAUGCUGCGAGACAUUCAGAUGGUAAGCCCCUUAUUGUUCUUGAGAGGGAAAGCAGUUACAUAGGAACACUGAUUGAUGAUCUGGUUACUAAGGAUCUUCGAGAACCUUACCGUAUGUUAACAAGCCGCUCCGAACACCGGUUGCUUCUUAGAUCCGAUAAUGCUGACAGCCGUCUCACACCUUUGGGCCGAGAGAUUGGGUUAAUAGAUGAUAGACGCUGGAAACUAUACCAGGACAAGCAAGCUCGAAUUUCAGAAGAGAAGAAGCGAUUGAAAAGUGUUAGAAUUUCAGGAGGAGAUCUAGCUGCUGAAGUUACUCAUUUGUCUGGUCAGCCUGUGAGGGACUUCGCAACACUGGAGAGUCUUCUCAAGAAACCGCACAUAGAAUACAAAGUUUUUGAUAAGCAUGGUUUUGGGAAUGAGUUGUUGUCAAGAAUUGAUAAAGAAUGUGUAGAGAUUGAUAUCAAGUAUGAGGGCUUCAUUAUACGCCAGAAGAACCAACUCCAACAGAUGGUCCAUCAACAACAUAGACCAAUUCCAGAGGACUUGGACUACUAUGCGAUGACCACAUUGUCUCUUGAAGCACGAGAAAAAUUAUCCAAGGUUAGGCCACAGACCAUAGGUCAAGCGAGCAGGGUUGGCGGGGUCAGCCCAGCUGACAUUACUGCUCUUCUUAUCAUCCUUGAGACCAAUAGGAGGAGAGCUCAGGAGCAAAAAAGGCACAAGAUGCUUACUGCUAUGAGGAUCGAAGCAGAUAAAAACGUGCCUGAAGUUCCUUUGACUGAGACAAUUACCUCAUGAAUGUCCCUAGAACGCUACCAAUUUCACGCUCGAGUUUCAGGGCUCGAUUUCUAGUUGAACUCGAGAACGAGAAUGUUUUUCAAUAACACAGUCUGGAACAAGGCAAAUGGUUAAAAGAGUCUCAAGACCUGUAAUAUCUGGAGACCUGAUGGCCAAAGUAGCAAUGUUGAGGAAAGACGGGUUCUGCAACGAGAGUUUAGGAACACAUUACCUUUCCUACAUCUUGUGUGUAAAAUAUUGUUGAUCCAUGACAAACUGCUGAGGAGGUGAAAAUUCAAGGUAAAGCUGGAUGGUCGGAAAGUCAACUGUUUUGUAUACCCCUUUUUCAAUUUACCCUUUUCCUGCCAAAUUGCAUUCUUUUUAGCUGAAGAUUUUACAGUGUAGUGUUUCUAAAUUACAUAGCUAUGUUGUCUCCAA